AGGAAAUCAAAAUGAACCGCUCUACUAUAUAAGUAAUCACUGAGCAUGUGCCCCUGUACGGAUCAGCUGUGAGCAUGCCGCGGCAACACGUUGUUUCGGUGUAUCGCAUUUCGUUGCGCGGCAAAUCACAUCGCGGCUGCCUCGUUCGGUGCGCGGCUUACCUCGGCUGAAGUGUAUUCCCAGCGUAACAUUCUAAAACUUAUUACGUCAUCUUAUGUCAUACUAGAACUUAUUACGUCUCAACUUUGGCGCGAAAUUUCACGUUCAAAUUCUGAAAGGCAGUUUUUGUCACAUCUCAUUCAUAAAGGCAAAAUACCCACUACUUAUCUAUCACACAUUCGAACAGACCCUUUUAAAAGAGGAAGAUCGAUAUAACAUACUUAGGGAUUUUCAUUAUUUAUUAGUUGUUGAGCUAUUGGAUAUUUUAUCUAAAAAUACACUGAAGUAUGACAGUCUGCAAAUCAGCUACCUCAGAGCUGCCAACAAUAGAGACAUAUAUCUAGGAUUUGAAUAUAUGGAGACAGAUCUGCAUAAUGUGAUAAAAAGGGGGAAUAUUCUAAAGGACAUCCAUAAAAGGUAUAUAAUGUAUCAACUACUUAAAGCAAUCAAAUACAUACAUUCUGGUAACGUAAUACAUCGAGAUUUGAAGCCCAGCAAUGUACUUCUGGACAGCCUAUGUAGGUGCAAAAUUGCAGAUUUUGGAUUAGCAAGAUCACUUACCCAAGGCUCGGAAGGAACAAUAGGAGAAUGUGAUCCCACUCUUACCGACUAUGUUGCAACAAGAUGGUACAGAGCACCAGAAAUUCUAAUAGCAAAUAGAAGGUACACUAAAGGUAUAGAUAUGUGGAGUUUAGGUUGUAUACUCGCAGAGAUGUCUGUCGGUAAACCUAUAUUCCCUGGAACUUCAACGGUGAACCAAGUAGAAAAAAUUAUGGCAACUAUUCCUACUCCAAGUACAGAAGACUUGACGGUGGUAUGCGUUUCUGGCGUGGGCUCUUCGAUGAUCAAAAACGCAGCAGCAGUCCAAAAAGUGCCCCUGCACACUCUCAUGGGUAGUAAUAUACGACCUGACGCAAUCAGCCUCAUCAACGACCUUUUGGUGUUCAACCCUCUUAAGAGGCUGACUGCUGAAGAGGCGCUGGAGCAUGAGUACGUGUCCAGGUUCCAUGAUCCAGAUCAAGAGAUUGUAAUGCCAAGUAAUGUGACCAUCCCGCUGAAUGAUGAUGUCAGAUUAUCAGUCGACGAUUAUAGGAAUAAACUAUACGAAAUAAUGACAGCACAUCAACGACGUGUAAUUACUACUAAGCCAAACAUCACAGUAAAGAAAAUAUUUCCGCCUGAAGUCUACUCGAAGGUCACGAAGAAUGCCGAAAGGUACAUAAAAUCGCAUGUCGUGAAAGAACGCUCAUGCAUCUCCCAAUCGGAACCAAGGAUGAAUAAUCUGCAACAUAAACAACAUCAGCAAUGGCUUCGCACCGCAGCAGCCCACAUACGAUCAGACUCCAAAGUGAUGCAGCAGACAGCGCCCUCUGCGGUAUCCAAUUCUUCAACGAGGCAUAGAGAAUCCUCUCUGAGGGCUGGGGUUGAUUACAACCAGCAAAUGAAAUCAACCAGUGAAGUCCCAAAAAGAAAAGUCCUUCCAAGCCGAACUAAUUUAUGUAACUCUUUCAACAGUUACAAUAAAAAUCAUGGCAUCAUCACACAAAGCGCGCUGAUGGAACUAAGAGCAGCUGGAUUGAGAUGAAGCUGAUCUUUUAAGAUGGAUUUGUUUUUAACACAAUGUAAUAUUUACACUUUUUACUAUGCUAUAUCUCUAUACUUGGUAUUUUAUACAUUUUGCACACCAUAUAUUUUCCAAAUAAAUGGAAUGAAAUCCGA